GGAAGGGGAGGAAGAGGAGGAGGAGGACUACAUUUCCCGGCGGCCCCGGGAGGGCCGGGGCGGGUACAAAGCGGGCGCUACCUGUCCCGGCAGGUGAGCGCCAACAGGCCCGCCCGGGAGCCGCGAUGCCUUUCUCCAGCUCCGGCGCGGACGAUGCCUUCGACUACCUCUUCAAGAUCAUCCUGAUCGGGGACUCCAACGUGGGGAAGACCUGCGUGGUGCACCGCUUCAAGACGGGGCAGUACAACGAGAAGCAGCAGAACACCAUCGGCGUCGACUUCACUGUGCGCUCCAUGGACAUCGACGGCAAGAAAGUGAAGAUUCAAGUGUGGGACACAGCUGGUCAAGAACGCUUCCGGACAAUAACCCAGUCUUAUUACAGGAGUGCCCAUGGGGCCAUCCUUGCCUAUGACCUUACUAGGAGGUCUACAUUUGAAUCCAUUCCUCACUGGAUUCAUGAAAUUGAAAAGUAUGGUGCCGCAAACUUGGUCAUGAUGUUAAUUGGGAACAAAUCAGAUUCACUGGAUAAGCGCCAAGUCCUGUUUGAAGAUGCUUGCACACUGGCAGAGAAGCAUGGGCUCUUAGCUGUACUGGAGACAUCAGCAAAAGAAGCUCAAAACAUAGAAGAGGUGUUCAUGUUAAUGGCUAAGGAGCUAAUAGCCCGAAAUACCUUACAGCUUCAUGGAGAGAACCCUCCAAACAGCAUCUACCUUGAUUCCAGGCCAGUGAUUGCCAGUCCAAGUGUGGAGAAGACCCAGUGCCUCUGCUGAAGAGAGAUUUCAGGAACUACUUGGAAGUUGUCAUUCUUCUGAGGCUGUUUGAUUUUAUUCAAUUCAUGAAAGUGUGCUGUGUGGCCUCAAGCCACCUCUUUUGAUAUCUCUACCUUGCAGCUUGGCUUGUAAGUAUCUUCAGAGAUUGUUGUUGCUGUUGGUAGCACAGGUUGCUUUGAACAUGGCAGCUGAUGCUUUAACACGAACUUCUGAGCUGAGAGGACUCAGGAAGCUGCCAGCCCUUGCCUUAACCAAAGAGAACUGUAAAAAUUAUUGCCUUUAAUUAUAUCCUUAAACAAUUUUCUGGCUGUGUCAAGACAAACUUGCACCAGAGCUCUGCACUGAUUUGACCUAUCUAAGCUGUUUGUUCUAGUGCAAGCUCUUUACUCUUUGCCAGUAGCUUUAAAAAGUCUGACAGAUGCUUGGACAGCACUAACCCAUUGCUGCUUAAACUUUCAUUCAGGGGUGGUCCUUAUGUCAGGCAUGUAGCCAUCCAUCCCAAGGAGCUUAAUAUUUGUGAAAAAGUAAAUGAUUUCACAUCUGUACUGACUUCCUCGCCAGACAAACCUGGAGACAUCCCUGGGGUUUCAUAGCAGACAGAAUAUGAUACACUAGGGUCCCAACCUUCUUCCUAAGGUGAAAAAACUUGUCUUUCACUUUACUAAUUAUAAGAACUGUUUCCAGUAGUGAUCUCUGCCUUGCUACAUAGACUUGCUAGGAGUAAUGAAGCUUCCAAGGCACCAGUAAUGGCCUAAAUCAAUGCUGGGGUGAAAGGACUUCCCCCCUCCCCCCCAACUUGUCUUGCUUUUGAUGUGCUGAUUUUAAUCAGAAGCCUUCUGUAGUUUGUGUGAUGGACUAAUGGCAGCUUGAGAGUAUGCCUGUAGAUUUUUUUCAAGGGAGUGUGAAGAAGGGAUUCAAGCUCCUGUAAAACCUGGCAAGGGGUAAGAUGGUUUAAUUAUGUAACCUCACCUUAGAGCAAUAAGGGAAUGGUAUGAGGCACACCAGAAAGCUAGCCCUAGGCAAGUAUAUAUGCUACUGCUAUGGAGACUGAACAUCUUGGUAGCAGUAGAAGGUUUUGUAUUGUUCCUCCCACAUGCAAGCUCUGCUAUUGGGGGCUCAAUUCUUCUAUGUACUGGAACUGAAUUGUUUGGUGUUUGGGGUUGGGUUUUUUUUUUCCCAGUAGAUGGAAACAGGGAAGGAGGAGGAAAGAAAUAUUAUACAGAGGAAGUUUUUUGACUGCAAUCCUCAUGUACCAAAGUGCAUCACUUAGUUACUGUUAAGCUAUGAACUGGAACUCAAACUCUGUAAUGAUAAAAUACAGUCUGGUUACAUGCAAAGAAGCGCUGAGAAGGCUGGUAUGCUGCUAGCUUACCAGAUGGCAGUCUACCCCUGUUUCACAAGUUCUUGGAAAAUAGGGAAAAACAUGUAGCAAAUAUUUCUGGAAAAUCUUGUCUGAGAAGCACAAAAAAUAAAGCAGAAUGAAUCAUUGA